AUGGCCUCAUACUUUAUGCAAAACCUCAAAGUUAACGGCCUGGAUUCACUGAGCAACUUGGAAACCGAACGCGAUGAGCGUAAACUGUGCUUCAUCGGUCUGAAUGUACUCCGGAAUUUGCAGGGAUCUUUCCAGCCUCUUCAUCCCAGAGAGAGUCCAGACCCAUUGGGUGAGAAUGGUGAACCAUCUUCGCUAUUGGGGUCCAUGAUAUCCAAUGUGGACAAUGCACGACGCACCAGCAGCUCUAAACCAGAUAUAGGAAUUGUCGGCACAAACAUCUACACAAGCGAGCUGUGGGCAUUGGCUUGCAACUACGCAGCUAGUCCCGUUGGAAUUCAUGCCCACCCACCGUGGUCACCACACUCCGACUACGCUAUGAUUCAUUUCCAGCAUUGCGAGCACGAGAGUCUCAUGCCACUCAGAUUCAGACUCCAUGCAAGCCCCUUCCAAGACCACCCAUCAGCCGAGCUUCAGGCUCAUCGUGAUUACUGGGGUCCGUGGCUGUUCUUCCAGAUGGUUUGGCAUGCAGUUCCUUGCCUCAUAAAUCACCCUUUCCUUCUUUCUAUGCGCCUUCGGAAUUUCCGCAGGACAAUGCCCCAGUCGUUUCUUCGCAACUCUUUCGAGCAGUUGACGUUUCAUUCUGGCUGGGUUCUGCAUUUCGUUGAACUUAUCGAUGCAAAAGGAUUUGAGGUUUCCGAUCCAACGAUAGGUCAUUGUGUAGCUAUUGUUGCUACGAUAUAUCUUCAGCAUAGCUUUGUAGAGGAUCAAACUUUUAACAGAAAAGCGCAGACAGGUUUCGAGAAAUGUCUCAGAUUCCUACGACAUAUGGGUGGUCGCUGGCCACAUAUUGAUAGACAGGCUCAACAACUACAACAGCUUAGGGACAGUGUUUCUCCUGGGGGACUCAUGACUGCCAGUGGUACAUUAGGGGGAUCAAACCAGCGCCAGAUGUGGUCCGUCAACCUGCAGCUACUAUGGAAAAUCUUGGUAUAUGCCCAUGCGAGCAAAUCCCCAGACUCCGGCAACGACAUCUUUGGUCCUGAGCUUGCCAAGGACAGCGUUGGAAGUUCAGGCGAUCAUUCUGUCGGUGAUAUCACGGAGCGUGACUUCACCCUGAUUGGAUCAGCGGGAAUCUCAGGGCACAAGACAGUAGCAGCUGAAUGUGUAACUUAUCCGCCCGAGCAGACUGAGGAUCCAGUGCAAUUACCGAGUCAGAUCGCACCUACGAUGGACCUGUCAGGGCUUCCCGAUGAUCCAAAUGUAGAGGUCACAACCGGGGACGGACUCUAUCUUCAGCUACAGGAUUAUGGCAGAGCAUUUGAAGAUUGGCUAAGUGUCAAUCCAAUAUGA